CUUGAACGCACAGAUGACCGAUACAUUAAGUUUACAUGGUUGCGUUGCGGAUAAGAUCACCCAGGAAAUUAGUUAUUCUUGUGCAUUGCAUAAAUAAUAGUUUGAACAAUGGUGCGCAAUAUACAAUUGUAGCGCUAUAGUAUGCCUCUUAGACCACCAGUUGUAUUCCGUAGGAGUUUACUGGCCACCACAGGAAGACGCAAUGAAUCUGAAAGUCUCGCUUGUCAUCAAAAGUUUCUUCCACUGGAAAUUCGGGGAUUGAACGACCUUAAGCCCAGAGACAACAGACAUUUAUCUUUCAAAGAAAAACCAGUCGUUUUGCACGAAAAAUUCCGCGAUUCCAUCGAUUGGACAAAUAUUUGGCCAGCUGCUGCUACAUUCCACCACUCUCUCGUUCCCUUUAGAGUUCGUCAAGGAUAUUGUAAAAAUUUGUCAGAAAACGAAGGGCUUCCCCCUGAAAAGUACGCAAAUGCUGAACUAAUGAAAAUCCCCAACUUUUUACAUCUCACUCCCUCACACAUUAGAAAGCAUUGUGAUGCGUUAAAAAAAUUUUGCACCUUAUGGCCUUCUGGUUUAAAUUCGAAUGAAACAAUUGAAAAACAUUACCCUGUUGUAAUAAUUAACCGCUCGUACGUUUUUGCCUCUUCAAAUAUACGUGACCCUCGUUCCCGUUUUGUAACUCUUCAGAUACGCCUUUCUAACCUUUCGUUGGACGAACAUGCUAGAAGAAAGCUUUUACGGCUUGCGAUAGGUCCUGGUCCAGGUCGCAAUAUUGCAACAUAUGACUGGAAUACAGAUAUCUUAGAGUUAACCUCAGCGAGGUGUCCAACAUCAAAGCAGAACUUUGACUUUUUAAUAUACUUAUUGACAGUUCUUACUAUGGAAUCAAAAAAAACUGAAAAAUGGGAAAUAGAUAAUCCGGAAUAUGAUUGGGUACAAUUUGAUUGGGAUAAAAGUGAAACACGCCGUCGUCUUUUCAACUUGCUUUCAUUGUGCGAUAGUGAACAAGUUAUCAGAAAUAAUCAAAUAAAAGAAAAGGAAUUCACAACCGAACUUGAAUCUAAUCCUGCAAUUGUACAGUAUCGAAAAGCAUUAAAAUCUAUAUGGUCUAAAAACGAUAUACUCAAUGGUGACCAAUGGAUUAAACGACCUGAUCCACCUAAAUAUCGACAUGGUCGUCUUCGACCUAUUCGAAAUAUACCAUUCGUUACGGUACCGGGUGCAGAUGAAAAAAAUAAUUUGGAAGAAUACGCUUCAGCAACACGAAAUCUAUUUGGAUUAGAUACUGAAAUACAACAGUCAAAUUUGUAGAUAGAUAAUUUAAAAAUCAUUCAUCUUUGAUCAACUUAUUUGUACAUUUAUGUGUUUGGACAUUUACUCAUUCUUUUCCUGAACACUUUAAAAUCGAUGUGUACAAUGCUUUAUUCGCGUGCUAUUAGAAUUAUGGAAGCGGUUGUCCCUUUUCGGUCGCUCAUAUUGUGGAAAGAUGUUUCUUGAGGUUACUACGAAGCCCAAAGAACAAACACUUUAGGUCGGUCAUAGAAGACCCUUUUAUGAGUAGUUUUGAAUGUGUUAACUCCAUAUUUUUUAAUAUGUCGUAUGGCUUGACAAAUAUCAUGUGACAAAAUCGCUAUUCAAAACACUUGCUUCUAUGACCCUGUUCCUGUGCUUAACUAAUGACACAUCAAAAAGCAUUAGCAGCCUUGCGUCAACUCUGGAUCUUUGUUUAUCAAGAGGAGGUUGACAAUCUAUGACUAAUCUAAAUCAAAAUCACGUUGUGUAUAUGGAUGGAUUGCAUUGGAGUAACACUUUCAAAUCCAUAUUAAUUAAUUUCAUUACUUCCAUCACACUCGUAUGAAGAGGUAUUUAGAGUAUAUUAUGCGAUUUAAGACUAAAUUAACUACAGUAUCUUUUGCCAUAAACUCCGAAAGAUCUAUUGAUCUGCUGAGCUCAGGUAGCCACUUACUUGUGCAACAGAUGUUGGUUUUAUUUGUAAGGGUUCGUGUUUUUCGCAUUGCUUGUGCUACCAUACGAAUAAAAUUCAUAUCCAUUAACCAAACCAGUGGCUAUCUGUACGCAAUGGAUUAGUAUUUGAAGCGAAAGAUACGGUGUUCUAGUUUCCGUUCAAACAUUAAAGUAGUUGCGCACAUAUUCGAUUGAUAAGUGUCAAGCAUGACGAAACGCGUAUCACUAUUUAACUUCAACAAAAAAUCUUUCAGAUUAUUAUCUUUACACCAUUAACCUAUGUAUAUUGUAUGAUAACUUCUUAUGAAGGAUUUUUAACAAAAUGGAUAGUUGCUUAUAAAUCCCUAUCGUAUGUUGAUGUUUUAAGAUGAGUAGCCCUGAAGACGCUUGUCACAAAGCAUAAAUACCUUUCGGUCUGUAGAAUAUCUGUAUUUUUGAUAUGAUGGGGGAAGAAAUUAAACCUGAUCGUUAGGCGUUAAUACCAUUGAAAAGAGAUGAUGAUCUUUAGUUAUCAUGUUUUUCAAUCAUCUAUUUGUUAAAUUGUGUCUGAUGCUUCCCACAUAAACGUGCUAUUUUGUUGAAAAACAACUGGACCUUCUCGCCAUCGGUAUUGUCUUUGGUGUCAGUUCACUUAAGGGCUUGAAUGAAUUGAGUAGCCAU